ACAUCUUGCGGUGAAUGACGUCAGUCACACUUUAACUCGUCGGCCAUUUUGUUUGAAAAUGUUUUAAAACUGCACUCGACAAACACAAGUUUAAAGUUAGAUUAUAUGAAAUACGAUUCUAUUUUAGUGUAGUACGUACUUAUUAAGAAAAGACUGUCGGAAUGAGUCUAAUUGAAGAUAGAGCGGCAGCCAAGGAACUCGAUCAAUGGAUUGAACAGUUGAACGACUGCAAGCAGCUUUCAGAAAAUCAAGUUAAAACAUUGUGUGAAAAGGCAAAAGAAAUACUUUCCAAAGAGUCAAAUGUCCAGGAGGUGAAAUGUCCAGUCACAGUUUGUGGAGAUGUUCAUGGACAGUUUCAUGAUUUGAUGGAAUUGUUCAAAAUUGGAGGAAAGUCCCCUGACACAAAUUAUUUGUUUAUGGGAGAUUAUGUGGAUAGAGGAUAUUAUUCAGUAGAAACUGUUUCACUUUUAGUUUCUUUGAAAGUUAGGUUUAAAGAUAGAAUAACAAUCCUGCGAGGAAACCAUGAAAGUCGUCAAAUUACACAAGUUUAUGGUUUUUACGACGAGUGCUUGAGGAAAUAUGGCAAUGCAAAUGUAUGGAAAUACUUCACCGAUCUGUUUGACUACUUACCCUUAACAGCUCUGGUUGAUAGUCAGAUAUUUUGUUUACAUGGUGGACUAUCUCCAUCUAUAGACACACUAGAUCAUAUUAGAGCAUUGGACAGAAUACAAGAAGUACCCCAUGAGGUAAUGUCAAAUAAAAUAUUGGUGAAAUUUGUAGAUUAUACAGUAUGAUCAAUGCAUAAGCAUGAUAAGAAACAUUUAACUUGAACCAUGGCACUUUGUAAUCAAAGUGCCACUGACUUUCUCACUAUACUGAUUAAGUUUGGAAACUCAAUGAAAUUUUGAGCCAGUCACAGGGCUGGCAACUCUCAAGAAAGUUGCCAGUCCUGUCCUGUUCACAAUCUACCAGCCAUGAUUUUCAGUUUUGGGAUGUUUAUCAUCGUACAUGAUUGAAUUUACUAAAGAAGCAUAUUUGUAACAUUUUGUUGUUGCACACUGGCUGUUAAAAUUAGCCUAACCGCUAGGCUAUAGUAUGGAAUUUUGUCCUUGCCCACCUGAGAAAUACACCAUCUUAUGGGCUGUAACUUGCAACACUUUCUUGAAUUCUUGAUCAUUUUCAAAGUAAAAUUUAUUGGUAGUUUUAGUCCAGUUGUAUAUCAUUCCUUUAAAAUUUAUCAGUACAUCAAAGUGCUAAUUGUUUAUGCAAGAACAAACUUGUCAGUUACUAUGACCAAGGUGCUUAGCAUCAUGUAGACCUUACCUCCUACAGUUCAGAAAACACAGGUUGAUGAGGCCACUGAUAAAAUGUGUUGUGUUUCUGCUAACCCGACCGACCCUAAAUUAUAGCCCCGACCCUAGAAUUUUUUUUCGAUAUUUAAAAAAAAAAAUCGUCAUUUUCCCGGAAAAAAUAUAUUCCCGGUUCUUGGUUUUCGUUUUAGUUAGACAUUGAGAUGAAGUCAUUCAAACGCUUUAAUGAUAUACAAAACUGCAUGGUAUUGUGUCAAGCGUUUAAACAACAUUGAUAAUGUUUCUAACUAACAGCAUGGAUGAUGGUUGACCUAAUUUGCACCAUUACGGAGAUCCUAAGGAGUUGUAAUCCUCUCCCUAAAAAAAUCAGAAAGGACUACAUUAUUGCAGCUAGGAUGAUGGUUGAGUCAGUGGCUAGUACCUCCAUGCGUGCUCACGCAACGGUGAUUUAACAAUUGAAGUUAACAGACGGUCGAGAGACUCUGCCAAGUGUCAUGUUUUCAUAGAAGACUUUCUUUUGUUAAAAUUGCCAACUCCUAUGUUGUUUUUAGACGGUGGCUAUUUAUAGCCAUGCACUGUCUUAUGCUAUCGUUUCAGCGGGCAUUACUGUGUAUACACGGGGACCCUAGUUUUAUAUGGAGGUCAUGAUGCAGAGUGACAGACAUGAAUGUCCAGUCUGUCAAAUUUGUAUGCACAUCCUUGGUUUCUGCUGCAGUUCUAACUGAAAACACUAUGAAAAAGGCCGCAAAUAAAGCAGUGAACGCAUUCAAGUUGUUGAUGGCUGGUGAGAUCCGAGAGGAAAAAAGAUGUGCAGAUUGUUUUUAAAAUAAAAAUUUAUGUCCGGUAAAAAGUUUUAGCUGGAAGAGAGUUGGAUCCCAUUAGGAUAAGUGGGAUCUGCCCAGACUGUCUUCCUACCCUUGUUCCAUUUAGAUUGUGAAAAUACAUAUUAGAAGUAUUCCUGACCUAUGACAACCAAUCUAAAUGUAGAAACAAUAUAUCUGGUACUUGUAGAGCAUAGUGGCAAUAGAGGAGUUAACUUUUGUGUUUUAUGCUAGAUAUGUUUCAUUGAAAAAUAUAGUUUCUUAUAAAACAUCUGGAAAUAAUCCUCAGCCAAUAACGGGUGAAAUGUUAUGAUUGAAAGUUUACUUGCAAUGCAAUUUAAGCAAAAUUUAUAUUUUGAAAGUAUAACAUUUCAGUUGAGCAUCACUGAAGAGACAUUAUUUGUCGAAAUGCGCAUCUGGUGCAUCAAAAUUGGUACCGUAUAAGUUUUACAUUAUGACCCCUGGGUCGAGGCCUCUGCUGGUGGACUGUUAGUCCCCGAGGGUCUCUACAGCCCAGUAGCUAAGUACUUCGUUACGGAUGUAUAUUUAAUUGCUGUUAUAAAUUUAGAAAUUCAUUUCAAAAUUAAGGAUUAUCUCCCUCAUGCAUAUCUCUUAUCCUUGGACGAAUUUGGCUCCACUUUUUUGGUACGCUGUUUUUGGCUAUAUUUAGCUCUAAAACUUCAUAGUUAUUUCGGAUUUCAAACAUUUCGGUUGAACAUCACUGAAGAGACAUUAUUUGUCGAAAUGCGCAUCUGGGUGCAUCAAAAUUGGUACCGUAUAAGUUUUACAUUCAAUAGAACAUUUAACUCGUGCAGUAAUUGGGGCUAUACGGACGGUGGAUUAUAUCGGCCUGGAUAGCUCAGUGGUUAGAGCACCUGACUAGACAUGCAGGGGUCCAGCCAAAGAUUUUCUCCUUCCCAUACUUUAUUUGGUGCCGUUGACCACCCCUGGUGAUGCAGGUUGGCCUGCCAGGGGCAAAAAGAACCUGGGUUGAUAUUGAAAGACAAUUAUAAAAUUAUAAUUGAUCUUAAGCAGGGAGGAAUGUAGUAAUUAGGGCUAUACGGACUGGAUAGCUCAGUGGUUAGAGCACCUGACUAGAAAUGCAGGGGUCCAGCCAAAGAUUUUCUCCUUCCCAUACUACAUUUGGUGCCGUUGACCACCCCUGGUGAUGCAGGUUGGCCUGCCAGGGGCGAAAAGAACCUGGGUUGAUAUUGAAAGACAAUUAUAAAAUUAUAAUUGAUCUUAAGCAGGGGAGGAAUGUAGUAAUUAGGGCUAUACGGACUGGAUAGCUCAGUGGUUAGAGCACCUGCCUAGUAAUGCAGGGGUCCCGGGUUCGAUUCCCGGUACAGCCAAAGAUUUUCUCCUCCUUCCUAUACUACACUUGUUACGAGUUUACAAUGUUUUUGCAUACUUUGAAGAAAUAAAAUUAAAAAAAAAAAUAAAA